AUGACAUUCGUCAGCUUCAACGUUCCAGCAACUGCUCUGUCGUUAUUGUUAGCCUUGAUAUCUGCCGAACCACCGCCGACUUUCGCUAUGAGCGGUUUCAAGGGUAUUAUGAAGGAUGGGUGGCACCCGAAAGGCCGAGAAGGGAAAAAAGAGGGCUGGCGUAACGACUUCAAGGGCGUCAACCAAGUGGCAGGAUGGAUGGGCAAAGGAAAAGACCCUAAGGAUGAAGAGAGGGAAAACCACGUCUCCCGGCCGCUUUCAUCGCUCAAAGACCCCUCCUCCUUCGGCCCCCCGCCCAAACAUAUCAAAUACCACGGAGCGGCGGCGCUCCCCAACGAAACCACCCCGGAUCGCAGUGGAUGGGGUGCGCCUUUGAGCCAGACACAGAUAAAUAACUCGUACGCCCAGAAGCAACAAGAAGAAGAGGAGCAAAGGGGGAAAGAGGACGAAGCUGCGAAACGGCCUCCUGUGCCAUACCGCGCGAACCGAACAGGAAUCGAUCCCAGCACUCUCCCACCACCCCCAGUCCGGCGGGUUGGCUCAGUAGCAGAAUCAGCACCGACCUCCGCAAGCCUUAGACCGAGACCGAGUGUUCCGCCCCGUGUACCACCUCGGACCAACUCCUCCUCACCGGCCUCGCACACGCCUCCUCCUCCUGCUUACACCCCCAGUCCGCCAGCCGCAGAGCAGCCCCAGGCCGCAGAUGGCUACCUGAACCAAGCUGCUACAUCGCGUCUUCAGCAGGCAGGGGUAUCUGUUCCGGAGCUUGGCAUUGGCAACAGGCCUUCGAACCCGACCUCGCCAUCAUCGGGUUACAAUCAGGCUCCGAUGAACGAGCUCCAGAGCCGAUUCUCUCAAAUGAGAACUAACUCAGGGUCGUCUCCAUCGCCUGCACUGCCGCCAGUCCAGCAAAUCAGUCAGCAAACCCAGUCACCGGCCAACUCGACCUCUAAUGUCUCCAACGCCAAGUCCGCGUUCAAUGAUUUCCGGUCCAGGCAUAGUGAUCAGAUCGAAUCCGGAAAGGCAAAACUUAAUGGGCUCAACCAGAAGUACGGAAUCACCGAACGGAUCAAUAACACUCUGAACAGCAAGUCAGACAACGCGGGACAAGCUCCUCCCGUUCCCCCGCAUCCAAACUUGAGUCGUUCGACCACCAGUUCUAGCUCGGAAACCGCAUCUCUAGCUCAGAGAAAAGCGCCUCCACCACCUCCGCCCCAGAAGAAGGCCCAGCUACGGUCGACGCCUGUCAAUGCGGGAUCACCAGCGCCGCCUCCACUUCCGCUCGGUACUAAACCCCGCUGA